UGGACUGUAUAUCCUCGGUCCGUGCCCCGUGGUGUCGCGGAGUGAGGAGAAAUGACAACUAUCAUUUUAGAUUUAGCAUUUUAGGGCUUUAGGCUUUAAUGGUCAACAUGAAAUGAGUAACGUACUGCUAAUAAUUUUUUUCUACUGAAUAAAUAAUCAUAAUUAUUUUUUUCGUUCAACGUCAGUAAUUACUAAUUAGUCAUUCAACCAUGACUAACCAUGUAUCUACAAUUAUUAGUAUAUUAUUGUCUAAGCAAUAAAUCUAAUUUUUCAUUCUUAUUAUUAAAUUUAAGUUUAGUUAGAUUUUCAAACGAAUAAUCAAGUCAAUUAAUUGUCAGUGUUUACACAUUCACUGGUUUCAAUGCCAUGCACACCACACUUAAGGUCAAAUGAGGUAGUAAGGUUUACUUCCUAAUUAUGUAAAAAACAGUUAUGCACUAUGUUGAAUCACUUAACUCAGAUUAGCGGAAGAAGAAUGAUUAAUUUUUAAAAUAAUGACAAAGUUUUCUUUAGUUAUAUCCUUCCUAUUUAAAUUGUUUUAACAAUAUGGAUGAUGAUGAUAAAAAAGGUUGUAUGAACAGAGAUCAAGAGAGAUAUCGACCCGAAUUUCGCUACAGCCGAGUCAUGGGCAAAAUGAGCGGGUCAGUGGUCAUAAACGUGAAGCGGCCGGUAUACCAGCUGGACGACCUGCACGAUGGCAACCCGAACGUGGAGCUGGAGACGACCGUCAAGCGGAAAAAAGUGGCCAAGCUGAAUUGGUCGGACGUGAAAACGGUGGUGCCGGCAAUCGAUUGGCUGUUCACCAACUACAACUGGUCCGAAGAUUUCUUCAAGGACUUCGUGGCCGGGUUCACGGUGGCCGUGCUGAACAUACCACAGGGCAUGGCGUACGCUAUGCUCGGCAACGUUGACCCGACCGUUGGACUCUACAUGGCCAUCAUGCCCGUCAUCGUUUACAGCCUGUUGGGCACGUCCAAGCACGUUUCGAUGGGAUCGUUCUCGGUCGUUUGCCUGAUGACCGGCAAAGUGGUGAGCACGUACGCCAACGCCAAUGCCAACAACGCCAAUUACAACAACGCUAACGUGGACGCGGAUCCCACCGCUGGUACGUUCGCUGACCCGGCGGUAUCGCUGCAGCCGCACAACGCGGCCGCCGUGUACACGUCCAUCGAGGUGGCCACGGCCGUCACACUGAUGGUCGGCCUCAUACAGAUACUCAUGUACGUGUUUCGGCUGGGCGUCGUGUGCACGAUACUGUCCGAGACACUGGUCAGCGGGUUCACGGCCGGCGCGGCUGUCCACGUGGUCACGUCCCAGAUGAAGGAGUUGUUGGGCGUCAAGAUCGAGAACCACAACGGGCUGUUCCAAAUCGUUCUCACCUACUACGACAUCGCCAACCGGAUCCGGGACGUCAACUUCGCCACGAUCACCGUGUCCAUCAUCACCGUCGUAAUGCUGCUAUCCUACAAUAUGCACCUGAAAGCCUUCAUCAACAAGCGGCUGUUCAUGCCUGUGCCCAUCGAGCUCAUCACGAUCGUCAUUGGGACGGCGCUUUUUCAGUUCACCACGUUCUCGGAUGACUAUCAAAUCAAACUGAUAGGCGAAAUCGAGAGGGGCCUGCCCGAUUUCAAACCGCCGCCGGUGAACCUGCUGAUGAGCGUGAUCACCGAGAGCGCGAUAAUCGCGAUCGUCGCGUACUCGAUCACCAUGUCCAUGGCGCUGCUGUUCUCCGAGAAGCUCAAGUACACGAUCGACACGAACCAAGAGCUGCUGGCCCAGGGCGUGGGCAACGUGUUCGGUUCGUUCUUCUCGUGCCUGCCGUUCGCCGCGUCGUUGUCGCGCAGCGCUACCCAGCAGACGGUCGGCGGCCGCACCCAGAUGGCCAGCAUCGUGUCGGCCGGUCUGCUGGUGGCCGUCGUCCUGUGGAUCGGCCACCUGUUCCAGCCGCUGCCCAGGUGCGUGCUGGCCAGCAUCACGAUCGUCGCCCUCAAGGACAUACUGCUGCAGGUGCGGGACGUGGUGCGCGUGUGGCGGACGUCCAAGGCGGACGCGGCCAUAUGGAUAGCGACGUACUGCACGGUGGUGCUGGUCGAGAUCGACGUCGGGCUGCUGGCCGGCGUGGUCGUGUCGCUGUUCUUCGUGUUCAGCCGCGGCAUCGGCACCGGCGUCGUGGUGCUGGGCCGCAUACCGGACACCGACCUGUACGUGGACAUGGACAGGUACCGGCAGGCGGUCGAGGUGCCCCGCGUCCGGAUCGUCCACUACUCCGGCAGCCUGAACGUGACCAACCGGAACGCGUUCCGUGACAAGGUGCACGGCGCGCUCAGCCGGUACGACGGACAGCUGGCCCCCAUCACCAUAUCGAUAAACAGCGGCAAGGAGACAGUGGUCCGGGCCCAGUGCGUCGUUUUCGACCUGUCCGGCAUGCACUACGUGGACAGCUCGGGGCUGACCAUGUUCGCGCGGCUGGUCGACCAGCUCAACGAGGCCGGCCUGCUCGUGUACGUGGCCGCCGUGUCUGGUAACGUGUACGACAACAUGCGGGCCAAGCAACUGGGCACAGUGCAGUUCUUCCCGACCGUCCACGACGCCGUCGAGUUCUACAACAACCUGGAAGAGUUGAGAGCGUGAUCGCGUCCGCGCGCCGCACCGGUCCUCCCGCCGAGCUCGCGCCCCGAGUAACGAAUCGUUUCUACCACUCCGGUCUGUCUGUACACGUAUAAUAAUUAUUAUAAACGUUCUCGUCGGCGUCGUCUGACCGAUGGAAAAGCGAUUAAAAAAUUAUAUA